AUGAACGCCCAUGCGCGAACCAUCAACCGGAUGCGACCAUCGCUGGCAUGCGUCCCUUGUAAACGCAAAAAGGUGAAAUGCGAGAAGCAGAAACCGGAGUGCGCACAAUGCAAGCGGACCACUACGUCUUGUGUUUACGAUAAUCCCGGGGCGGACCCGCUUGCCAAGCGCCAGGGAACAGUGAGCAGAACACGAACCGAGGGGCAUCUCUCCAAGCUUACGGGCAUGACGACGAUCAACCAGAGCAAUGGGCAACGGCAGAGGGAGCAGCCGUCACCGCCGCCGCCGCCGCCGCAGCAGUUGAGCCCUCUCAGUCAUUCUAUGGAGUGGGUGGACUUCUCAGAAACACGAGACAUCGGCAUAGCUCCACCUCAGUUCGAUGAUGCAAUGAAUUUCCUGGAAGCCGAUGGCCGCAUACUUACCCCGUACAUGAUCACCAUGGAGGGGUUCGACCCACCCAGGGACCUGAGCGACAUCUUGCGGGCCGAAUCCCGGAGCAUGGAGCUCGAUCGCGCAAUCACCAGUCAGCGAGACUCAGACUCAGCCCCCAUGGCAUCGCGGACAACGGGGACGACGGGGCCAGACAGCGAACAGCACUACUACCAAGCCCCAAGGAAGAACAAUCACCAUUAUUCGCAGCGGGCGAACCCGAAGCAAGACAGGCCCCAUCCCGGAAACCAAGGUAGCUGGGGGAGCACGACUGGCACGAGGACCUCUGCCGACAGCAGCUCCGAUCCCACUCCCGAAGACUCGGACCAUGAAGCGCACAGCAUUGAGAUGGACGACUGGGAGUCGAAGCCGUGGCGGUAUAACCCAGUGGAAGCCGGACACCUGCGGAUGUCCGGCUUUCCCAGCGAGGGGAAACUAUACCAAGGGAAUUACUUCGCCGCGCCGUUUUGGCUGUGGUCCUGCAAGCAGGAAUCCGACGCCAUGCUCGUGAUGCACAGCCUCUUUUCUGCACGCCAGAUCAAAUACUCCCAACACCGUCGUCAGUUCAGUUUGGCAAGAUUCGUAGGAUGUCUCCCUUCCAAAAGAAUGUGCGACGUGCUCCUACGCGCGUUCCUGGUCGGCGUCCGCCCGCUCCUCCCGCUGCUGUCCGUGUCGAACCUCGAAGCGCGGUAUCAUGCCUUCUGGGCGCAGAAGGAUGCUCUCAGCGACACCGCCAACGGCGUAAAGGCAAACGAUAACGAACUUUCCUUUGUCUGCUUGCUCUGGUGCGUGCUCUUUGGAGGCGCCGUGUCCGCGUCGCCUGCCGCGCUCUCCGAUGUGUCCUUUCGCGUGGUAGACCGGAUGGCGUUCAAAAAGCACAUGGGUGCGAAGGCAAAGGAUGCCAUCCAAGCGGCCUGUGGAAGAGACCUGCAGUUCCCCUCGCUUGACGGGCUCGUGGCGUCGCUGAUUCUCUACCACUGCGACUGGACCAUGGACCCAAUGGUGGAGGAGCCACCCUUCAUCGCCCGCUGCUUCCAGGCCGCCUGCAGGCUGGGUCUACACCGCGAGGCGGCUUUGAUCGCCAUGCCCUCGUGCGACGCCGAGAUUGGCCGACGCGUGUGGUACACCCUGCUCGAGAUGGACGUCGUGUCAUCGAUCCGCUGCGGCCUGUCGCUGUCGCACUGCGGCAUGGAGUCCUCGUUUGACACGCGCGAGCCGCGUAACGGGCCCGACGACUUGGCGUCGACUAUCACCGCGGCGCAGUGUCGCAUGACGCACGUCCUGCGCCGGAUUCUGGAGCGGUCGCGGGGCGGCGAUGGCUCCGCGCGCCCGGACAGCGACCUGGCGGCCGCGAUAGAGCAGUUUGACAGCUUCGUCGAUGAAGCAGCGGCCCAGCUUCCCGUCCGCGGCCUGCCGGAGCGGGGACAGAUCUCCUCGCAGCUCCUGGGGGCGAACCCGCUGACACAUGCGGAAUUGUACCUCGAAAACACCCGCGAGGCCACCGUGUUGAACGCCUUCUGCCGGAUCAGGCUGAGAAUGAUGAAAUACACCGUGUCCAUUGCAUUCAACCGUAUGUUCUUGGACAAGACACCGCGGGAAGGGGAGGCGGCCAGACUAAUGAGUUGUCAAAUAACGAAUUGCGUCCAAUUCCUGCGCAAUUACUUGCAUCUCGCUGGAUUGCCAGCCUUUGCGCCCUACCAAUGGUACUGCCCGGGCCGGCUCAACGCGUGGCAAGAGUGUAUGGUUGUUCUCUCAUUCCUCCGGAGCAACUCGCGGAUAGGACGGUCACGACAGCUCCUUUUACAUAUCCUGAGCGAUAUGUUCGACAUGUCUGACAUGUUAGCAAGCCGGGAACUAAAUGGUCUUCAAGGGAAAGUGGAAUCUGGGUGCCCAUGGGGAGAGACGUGGGCGGGCAUGCGUCGGCUGUACGAGCAGGUGCGGAGCGGAGUACAGGACCCGAACGACUACGAAAACGUCGCACAGCUUGGCGCGGAGACGCGCUUGUGGUUCUCGUCCGACUGGGACGACCAGUCUGGGACUUUUGAGGCGGAGAGUGGGUGA